AUGUGCGUCUUUCAGGUGAUUCUGCCACUGGGACGAGAGAGACGGGCCUAUCGUGGAUCCUCUGGGGAGCCUCAACAACAUCAUGAUGCUGACGAGGCAGAGAAGAGUCUCUCCACAUCAGGACACCUCAAGAAACACCAUCAGAGAUCCACAGGAAAGAAAUCUCAUUGCUGCUCUGACUGUGGGAAACGUUUCAAAUCUUCAUCAGAACUUAAAAAACACCAGAGAAUUCACACAGGAGAGAAGCCUUAUAGCUGUGAUCAGUGUGGCAAGAGUUUUACUCAGUCAAGCCACCUGGUAUCACACCAGAGAACACACACAGGAGAGAAGCCUUAUAGCUGUGAUCAGUGUGGCAAGGGUUUUACUCAGUCAACCAACCUGGUAUCACACCAGAGAACACACACAGGAGAGCAGCCAUAUAGCUGUGAGCAAUGUGGGAAAAACUUUUCUCGGAGAGAACACCUUAAAGAGCACCAGAGAACACACACAGGAGAGAAACCUUAUAGUUGUGAUCAAUGUGGGAAAAGCUUUUCUCAGAUAGAACACCUUAAAGGACACCAGAGAACACACACAGGAGAGAAGCCUUAUAGCUGUGAUGUAUGUGCAGAUAGUUUUACUACAUCAAGCCAGCUGGUAGUACACCAGCGAGUACACACAGGAGAGAAACCUUAUAGCUGUAGUCAGUGUGGGAAGAGUUUUACUCAGUCAAACAGCCUGAAAUCACACCAGAGAACACACACAGGAGAUAAACCUUAUAGCUGUGAUCAAUGUGACAAGAGAUACUCUCAUUCAAGUGGUCUGAUUAAACAUCAGAAAAUACAUGCAGGAGAUCCACAGAGUGUAGAAUGAUCUCCAACACCAUACCUGGGUAGUAGAACACAGAGUGUAGAAUAAUCUCCAACACCAGACCUGGUUGUAGAACACAGAGUGUGGAAUGAUCUCCAACACCAAACCUCUACAUCAAAUCACAUUUUAUUUGGCACAUACACUUGUUUAGCAGAUGUUAUUGCGGGUGUAGCGAAACGCUUGUGUUUCUAGCUCCAACAGUC